GAUGUACCCAACUACCCAUCCACCCUUCGCUACCUACAUAUUACGAAACAAAAAAAAAAAAAAAAAAAAUCUCGGCCUUCGCUACAAGUUUUUGGAAAUGGCAGCCAUCACAUCGGCAGCAUCCGCUGUCUCGCCAUCAUUUGUACAGAUCCGUGCUUCUUCAACGGCUGCGGUUUCUUCAUCGGGGUCACUCUUCUUCAGCGGUAACAGGACCGGACUGAAAGGAAUUAAUGGUCUGAGAGCUGCUAAAGUUAGAAGUAAUGGCAGAAAGCGUCUUUCUUGCAACUGCUUGUUUGGGCUUGGGGUACCGGAGCUGGCGGUCAUCGGCGGUGUCGCCGCGCUUCUGUUUGGCCCUAAGCAGUUGCCCGAAAUCGGCCGCAGUAUUGGCAAGACUAUCAAGGGCUUCCAACAGGCAGCAAAGGAAUUUGAAACAGAGCUGAAGAAAGAACCUGACCAACAGCUCGGCAACGAAGCUCAAGAAGUUGGCCAAGAAAGUGGCAGGGAGAAUUGAGGAUAUAGGACGACAAGUGGGAAUGAUGCAUCUGGCCAUAUCUUGCUUCUCUUGUAGUUGGCCACCAAAGGUCCAGUUUUUUAUAUGAUUUUUAAAAAAUGUAUUUUAGUGUAAGUUCCAAGUGAAAUAGAGAUAUUGCCAUGUUUGUUGUAUCGAAGCCUUUAGCUUUAUUAGAUGAGCUCUGCAUACUCUUGUAAUAGACCACCAAUAAGGUGUUUCUUCUAGAUAUGACCAAAUCGCGGUGUUUCUUCUAGAUAUGACCAAAUUGCGGUGUUUAUUCCGGUUUGGAUCUGGCUAGCGGCUACCAUGGAGUUACUCCACUUAUAGUUCAGCUGGCUUGUUGAUUCACAAGAUGAACUUCUCAGAACUUGGGCAUUGUUAAGACUUGUUAUGCUGUGGUGAUCCCAUUUCCUAUUUUCCUUCUCUACAAAUAUGCAAAAACGUUAUCAAACCCCUAAACUGGAGGGGUGUUUGGCUUCGUCCACCCUGAAGCCCCAAUAAUGCCUCUUUCUUUUAGUUAUUCUCCUAACUGCAGAAAGUUGAUACAUACGAGUAUAUGAUAUACUCAUGUACUACGCAUUAAAUAAAGAUAAAAUUUUAUACGGACAUCCAAGGACUUUAAUUCCUGGAUUUAACAAUCUUUCUUAAAACGUUAUAGUUCUUUUUACUAACACAUUAAACAUGUUUAGAUUAAACGUUAAAAAUCCC